AUGGCGGACGUGUCCCCAGAUCAGGGGCGCGUGCUGCACGGGCAUAAGCUGUCACCACCAAGCUCCACAGAUGACAUACUGCAGGGCCUAGACAGGGCAUUUGAGCGAUUCUGUCAGCAACUGGAAGCUAAAAUGCUACCCUCACAGCCCAAGCCGUGGUGGAGCCUGCACAAUG